AUGGAGAAAAAGAAUAAGGCGAGAAAGGCCAGACUGAGAGGAGAGUAUGUCUCGGGAGAAUGCAUGUUCUUUCCUCCCCUGAUCAGCUCUUUCAAAUUUGGAGGAGUGUACAACGUAGAACAACAGCUGACCAGCACCAUCGAAACUGAGAUGACAAGCGAAGCUCUAAAAGGACUGUCAAUCAAUAUGAUUUAUGGAGGCAACCAACCUGGGAAGUUUCUAGCUGGAAUCCGUCCAUGCUUAUCUGGUGAAAAGCUCGAAAAUGACCAUCAGCCCAUCAAGGAAGCAACUCUUGGAAACAUUCCGACCAUUGCCUUUUGUGAUACCGACUCGCCGAUGCGAUAUGUUGACAUUGGUAUCCCUGCUAACAACAAGGGAAAGCACAGCAUCGAUUGCCUUUUCUGGCUGUUGGCAAGGAUGGUUCUUCAGAUGCGCGGCACAAUUGCUCCUGGACAGAAGUGUGAUGUGAUGGUGGAUCUAUUUUUCUACAGGGAACCUGAGGAAGCUAAAGAGGCAGAAGAGGAGGAGGCUGUUGCGGCCCCUGAUUAUGGACUCCCUCCAGCAGAUUUUGGAAUGGGUGGGUUAGCAGCUGAUCAAUGGCCUGCACAAAUAGGCGAUCAAUGGUCUGCUGAUAUGGUUCAGGCACCCAUUUCUGGUGUCCCUGCUGCUGUUAACUGGGGUGACCAAGUUGCAGUUGGUGGUGCCGAAGGGUGGGAUGUUGCAGCCGCUCCAGCACAAAUCCCAGGUGUUCCCGUCGAUGUCACGGCCCCUGCUCCCACAGGUUGGGUGUGAGAGGGAUUCAUUUUAAAUUUUGG